AUGGCGGCCACACGGGCCCUCUCCAACCUCCAUAUGAUGGGCCUUACGCCCGUGCUUGAGCGCCAGUCAAAGUAUUUCAUCCUACAUCUUGGAGGCCGUACAGACAAAGUUUCCCUGGAUCGACUCAAGGUCGCCAGAGGUGUAACCCCAGAGGUCGUUGCCGAACCGCCACGCCGCAGGCGUCCCCAAGUUGUGGCCAAACUCGUUGACGGCCGUUGGAUGGACGAAUUGCCGUUGGUUCUUCUUGGUUUGCGGAGAGCUUGGCGAGAGGACAGCGGAUUCUCAGCGGCGGAGCUUGUUUUUGGCGCCCCCUUGCGUCUCCCAGGGGAGUGCCUGGAACCCACUCCCCGUGACUCAACUGCAAGCCACCCUCUCCUUCGUCACUUGCGGGACAGCCUUCGUGGAGUGGCGCCUCCUCCAGCUGAUUUCCACGGUGACCCGCCCAUCCAUGUCCCGCAGAAUUUAGCUACGGCUAAGUAUGUUUAUAUGUUUAUGUCAGGCAUGACGGCCACAAGGAAUUUGGCUAAGGCUAAUUAUGUUUAUGUCAGACAUGGCGGCCACACGGUGGUGCCUCCUCCAGCUGAUUUCCACGGUGACCCGCCCGUCCAUGUCCCGCAGAAUUUGGCUACGGCUAAGUAUGUUUAUGUCAGACAUGGCGGCCACACGGGCCCUCUCCAACCUCCAUAUGAUGGGCCUUACGCCGUGCUUGAGCGCCAGUCAAAGUAUUUCAUCCUAAAUCUUGGAGGCCGUACAGACAAAGUUUCCCUGGAUCGACUCAAGGUCGCCAGAGGUGUAACCCCAGAGGUCGUUGCCGAACCGCCACGCCGCAGGCGUCCCCAAGUUGUGGUACAGUUUGACCCAAAAAAAAAACUCUGACAGAAGAUCAUCAGGUGCUUGUGGCUCGUGACCUCGAUUUCCUGCCCUUGGGCGCUCGGUACCCGAGGGUCACGAGGUCGGGGCGUGUCUUGCGCCUUUCUGUGCGCUACUCGCGCCAAAUCGCCAGCUACGGCAUCAUUCGUCACCAUAGAGUUUGAUGUGUUCCCUCAUUGGGGGAGUACUGUAGCGGCUACCAUUUCCAUAGUUUAAAGGCUGCAUUAUCUCGGCAAGUUUGAUGAUCUGUGGUUCGCUAUUUUUGAGGGUUUGUUGUGUGGACACAAAAGGGGCCGAUAAUAAACACACAGUUGCAUUUGAUACUUUGUCUCUGUAAUUUAGUGCAUUUAGGAAAAUCCCCUAAACAAUGAAUAAGUGUUAAAGUAUUUAGCGAUUGCAAUUUCAUUUGGUUUUCAUUCGCCCAGAGCUUCAAAUCUGUUUGAAAAUUCAUUUUGGAUCUACGUAUUGUGAACCUUUUAAACUUACUGUAC